UUCUCUCUCAGGGUCCUCUCCUCUUUCUUUGAGUACUGCAGAGGAACGGUUGCAACUCGGAGGAGAGGAUAGCGGGAGAAAAGAGAAAGAACCCUCAGCACGCUGGCACCAACUACCGACAUUGCUGUGUCGCGAGGGAAACUAGGGCAUAUCGAAUGGAAAAGCACACAGCUGGCUCCCCGCGAUGUUGUAACGAACUGCCCGUUUUCUGUAGUCGACAGAUGAGCUGUGACCAGAUCUAACCACAGUCUGCAUGGUGAUCUACAUUACUGGAACUCAGCUGUCUUCACCGCUCAACCCUGUGACUGCUCCCAUCCCACUGCCAUAGAGAUCUGCUCUUCCUCUCCACAGACAGAUGAGCUGUGACCAGAUCUAACCACAGUCUGCAUGGUGAUCUAUAUUACUGGAACUCAGCUGUCUUCACCGCUCAACCCUGUGACUGCUCCCAUCCCACUGCCAUAGAGAUCUGCUCUUCCUCACCACAGCAGCAACAGCUAGCGAUCCAAUGUUAGCAGCAUUUGAACCACCUCCAAACUUACUGUGGUUUGCUGCAACGGAAUUGCCAUUCAGUAACUUACACUGAUACUUCAGAAGAAAGUAAGCAAGUAGGCUAACGUAAGUUAAGUCUCUGACAGUUAAGUUGUCCUCCACUGCAGCUCUUUUGCAGAAAUUCUUGCCAAUGAGAAUUGGUUCCCAACUGACCUAGCAGGUUAGAUGAAGGACAAAUAAAGACAAAUAGAUAGAUAGAUAACUAAUCAGAGUUAGUGAGAUGGAUGAGUCGUACAACAACAGGAUGUCGCUGGUGAAGGGCGCCAAGGACAUCGCCAAAGAGGCCAAACGCCAUGCUGCCAAGAAGGUCAGCAAGAUCGUGAACCGCGCCACGGAAGAGUACUCCUCCCAACGCAAAUACAGCCAGUUCCAGAACGAGGACAAAGACAAUGACUACACGUUCUACACACAGCCCGACAGAAAUGGCCACUUUCCCUGCAGCCGCACCGCCAACGACGAAGACGGCGAACACUACGCCAGUGACGCCACAGAGGGUCACGAUGAUGAAGAUGAGAUCUACGAGGGGGAGUACCAGGGGGUGCCUGCUUACACUGACAGGAAGCCCAGGGAUGGGCAGGAUUCUCUGGGUCAACCUGUCUCAGACAGCCUGAGGGACCGUAAGGAGCUGGAGCUGGAGAGGCAGGCAGACGAGGAGGAGCUGGCCCAGCAGUAUGAGCUGAUCAUGCAGGAGUGUGGCCACGGCAGGUUCCAGUGGCAGUUGUUCUUCGUGCUGGGCAUGGCGCUGAUGUCAGACGGUGUUGAGGUGUUUGUGGUGGGGUUCGUCCUGCCCAGCGCCGAGACUGACAUGUGUGUUCCCAACUCUGGAGCUGGGUGGCUAGGUAGCAUAGUGUACCUGGGGAUGAUGGUGGGGGCGUUCUUCUGGGGGGGUCUGUCAGACAAGGUGGGCCGUAAACAGUGCCUGCUCAUCGCUAUGUCUGUCAACGGCUUCUUCUCCUUCCUCUCCUCCUUUGUCCAGGGGUACGGCAUGUUCCUCUUCUGCCGCAUGUUUUCCGGCUUCGGGAUUGGUGGGGUGGUCCCCAUCGUGUUCCCCUACUUUGCAGAGUUCCUGGCGAGGGAGAAGAGAGGAGAGCACCUGAGCUGGCUCUGCAUGUUCUGGAUGAUAGGAGGGAUCUAUGCCUCGGCAAUGGCCUGGCUCAUCAUACCACACUACGGAUGGAGUUUCAGUAUGGGCUCCGCCUACCAGUUCCACAGUUGGAGAGUGUUUGUGGUAGUGUGUGCUCUACCCUGUGUGUGUGCUGUCGUAGCACUCACCUUCAUGCCCGAGAGCCCACGAUUCUUCCUAGAGAUGGGUAAACAUGACGAGGCAUGGAUGGUGCUGAAACAGAUCCAUGACACCAACAUGAGGGCCCGUGGAGAACCAGAGAAAGUCUUCACCGUGAACAGAAUAAAGCUCCCUAAGCAUCUGGAUGAAUUGGUAGAGAUGCAGUCAGACUCAUCCAACCCUGUUGGCCAAGUCCUCUCCAGGAUCAGGACUGACCUCAGAGGGAUCUGGUUAACGUUCAUGAGCUGUUUCAACUACCCAGUGAAAGACAACACCAUCAAACUGGCCUUUGUGUGGUUCACACUGUCGUUUGGGUACUAUGGCCUAUCUGUGUGGUUCCCUGAUGUCAUCCAUCACCUGCAGUCUGAUGAGUAUGCCUCUAGAGUGAAGACUCACAACAACGAACAUACAGAAGACUUCACCUUUAACUUCACCCUGGAGAACCAGAUACACACCAACGGAGUCUUCGUCAACGACAGGUUCAUCAGUAUUAAGUUGAAGUCCGUCACCUUUAUAGACUCUACGUUUCAGAACUGUUACUUUGACGACGUGUCAACAGUGGGCUCAUUAUUCAAGAACUGCACCUUCGUAGAAGCCUUCUUUUACAACACAGAUAUUGACGAUUCUAAGCUGGUGGGGUCGAGGGUGAUCAACAGUUCGUUCCACCACAACAAGACGGGCUGUCAGAUGACCUUUGAUGAUGACUACAGUGCCUACUGGGUCUACUUUGUCAACUUCGUGGGGACGCUCGCCGUGUUGCCCGGCAACAUAGUCUCCGCCCUUCUCAUGGACAAGAUAGGGCGCCUGAGCAUGCUGGGGGGCUCCAUGGUGCUGUCAGGCAUCAGUUGUUUCUUCCUGUGGUUUGGGACAAGUGAGUCUAUGAUGAUCUUCAUGCUGUGUCUCUAUAACGGCCUCAGUAUAUCCGCCUGGAACUCCCUGGAUGUUGUUACUGCUGAGCUCUACCCGACAGACAGGAGGGGUACAGGUUUUGGGUUCUGUAAUGCCAUGUGUAAGCUGGCAGCGGUGUUGGGGAACCUGAUCUUCGGCUCUCUGGUUGGCAUCACAAAGACCAUCCCCAUCCUGCUGGCGUCGGCUGUACUAGUGGGAGGAGGCCUGGUGGGACUACGACUGCCUGACACACGCGGCCAAGUCUUGAUGUAGAACUACACUAGCCAGCAGUCUUCACUCAUGUACCCAUUAGGCUUUAGUUGAACACUUUAAGACAGUGGUAUGUAGGCUUAUGAUAGCGUGUUCAAGUGAAGGGCUACAUGUUGAAGUGCAAGUGCUAAAGUGCAAUUAGUCAAACAUUUUGUUAAGUUAUAUUCGGAAUAAAAGAGCCCUUGGCCAUAUUUUUUUUUAACCUUAGGUACCUGCGACCAGAGGGGUGGAGCUGGAAUUCGGGGUGGAGUGCGUGGGAAGAGUUGAACCCUAUUUUAUUCACCUUCUGGAGGGCUCUGCCCAGCUAGAGAGAUGAUUGCUGUUUCUGCCCCAAGACCGGACUAUCUUGCCUAACCUAUUUUUCAACCUUGUCAUUCCCAAACCAGCUGUUUGUUUUCAAAUUAUUUCUUGUUGAAUAUCCAGGCAUUUAGUUUGGGAAGUUGAUCAAAAUUCAGCUCUGUCUAAGCGGAAAGCAGGAGGGUUUUAACUUGAUGAGAUAUGAAAAAGCCAUUCUAAACCGAGCCUAAGUUUAAUCAAAGGUACCUAUUGCUGCUGUCCUCAGUGCUACGGGUCUGACAUGAAUACAAGUUAGGUGAUAAGAUACGUUCUUUAGUCAGCCUGGGUACCAUGGUUACUAUACGUUACAACAGAAUCAUUCUCUAAGGGCAGAAUCCUAACUAGAGAAGCGGCCAUUUAGGUUUCAGGCUCAAGCUCUUGUGAGGUCAUGACUCUGUUGUCAUGUUAAGGGAUAUUUAACCUAUUUCACUGAAAGCUAAAUGUAUAGUUUGGAGUGAACUAUGCCUUUAACAUAUUCAUGACUUUGCAGUAUCAUAAUGGCAUCAUUGUAGUACGUGCUUUUGCAUUUGACCAGGUAUGGAUCAUUUGUGUAAAUGUACAGUGUGUGUGUGUGUGUGUGUGUGUGUGUAUGUAUGAUAUUGUGUGUACGUGUAUAAUAUAUUGUAUAUAUUCAAACGUUGUUCAUUUCCCAACCAUGGGUUGGGGUCGAUGUUAAUGAGUUGACUUGACUCACUGAAGUGUCUUGACUGGUUUCAAAUCAAACUUGAUUUGGCACAUGCGGCGAAUACAAGUGUAGACCUUACUGUGAAAUGCUUACUUACAAGCCCCUAACCAACAGUGUAGACCUUACCGUGAAAUGCUUACUUACAAGCCCCUAACCAACAGUGUAGACC